CGAAGCCCGAACGAAGGGUGCUGCUUAUGACGCGUACCCAACACGACACUCCAAUGUCUGAUUCCGAGCGCAAGGAAGCUCCUAAUUCUUCAAGCACUGACACAAAGAAGACGCCCAGAGGUUCCAUCAGUGGCGGAGACGUCAAGGAUACGCCGGAGUAUGAGAAACAGAGGCUUUCUAGAAUCGCCGAGAACAGGAAGAGAAUGGAAGCCCUUGGAUUGGCCAAAUUGGCGACCUCAUUUAUGGAUUCUUCCAAGACUCUGAGGAAGAUUGAUAGAAAGGGGAAGCGUAAGUUCGAUGAAGAUUAUAAUCCUGGCGAGGGUUCUUCGAAUUCUGAAGAUGAUGACUCGGAGGAAGGGGAUGAAGGUUUUGGAAGUGGGAAAGUUUCUAGGUCUCGUGGAAUGAAGGGAAAGAACAGAGGUUCAAAAGCAAAAAGGAAAUCUUCUGUCGAAAAAUCAAAUAACUUAAAUGAUGAAGAUGAUGAUGCAUUACAACAGGCGAUCAAACUUUCACUACAGGAUUCUGGUGAAACCUCUGAUGCACAGAUGCAAGGUCCUUUUGAAAAUGUUAGAAGGAAAAAUGUGAAGAAUCAGGAAAUGGGAGGAGGGAUGAAGAGAAAAGGAUUGUUCACUAGUCGGAUGCAGAUGAACGAGGAUGAACUUAUCAUGAACUUCUAUUGUUUUGAUGAAUCAUGGAAAGGGAGCAUUACUGUAAGUGACCUGAAAAGAGUGGCAGCUGUUCAUGAUUUUACUUGGUCUGUCAAAGAAUUAGAGGAUAUGAUUAAUUGCUUUGACAGUGAUGGAGAUGCCAAGUUAAGUAUGGAUGACUUUCGAAGAAUUGCUAGUCGAUGUAACAUGAUAAAGGAGUCCAUUACAUGACCGACGCAGAUGACGACCAAUGUGCGGAGGAGGAUGGAUAUAGGAAGAAUGGAAGAGGAUGGCAAUAUCGAUUGUCUCCCCCUCUGCUUUUUUCUAGAACAAUCAAAUGGAAGCAUGCUCUUUAUCCAAUCAUUCAUCAGAAAAUUAUGAGGUUUGUUGCACAGAGCAUCAAAACAUUCUUUUUGGAAGACAAAGCUCAAACGAUCAUCAUAAGACGAGGGAGCAUGAUUUUGUUGAAAUCCCAGGUAUUGUAGAGCAUUUAAACUUGUUGUCGUAAUUGUGAAAUUCUGAUCCCAUGUGUUUCAAUCUUCGAGAUCUGUCUUUCAAUUUUGAUACCCAGGUAAAAGAUGUAUGAUUGCAUUUGGCAUUGUCAUGGUUCCUAGAUUGUGAUAUCCCUGCUAUACUGGUUUCUUGGUUCAUGUGGUUUACUAGUAUUUCGGUUAAUAUGGUUAGAGGGCACUUAUUUA